UACCUUUACCCUACAUGGGUGGAGGAGUUUGUGAGUUUGCCUGAGCGGAAAACUUCAGGUAGUUGACAAUGUUUCCCCCAUGACCGCUAGUCAUUCACCGAGAACAUGAGGGCAGCAUGCCCCACUCCUGUCUCAGUGAUUGAGGAGGCCCCGCCCCCCCGGAGCGUGGGGACUUCCCGGACCCCAGUGUACGCCAGGACCAGAGUAUCCAAGGGAUUCACGAUUCGAAAGCCGAGUCUGUGUUACCCCGAGGGUCGGGAAACCCCCUUGAGCCCAUCCACCAACCUCCAAGGCACCAGCGUCCUCCAGGGGAAGUUGCGCUCGCGCCCUCAGUGUCUCCGUCAGCAAAGUACUCCCCGGGCCCCCUUGCCAACAGUACGGCUGGAGGAGGUCCCGAUGAUUAUAUCCCGUGACAAUUCGGAGUCCUGUGACUGGGGGUCAGUUACUGAAAGUGAAUUUGAGGGAGAUGACCCAAUGCACUCCCUCAGCGUCACCGGCAGGAACCCCGCCACCAGCGACAGCAACGUCACCGACUGUCAUAACGUCCGCCUUCCUGAAUUGCACCUGCCCUCAAAGACUAGGUCCGCCGUGCAGCAGAGUCGCAUCGGGAAAUCAUCCCGGCGCUACAGCCUUACACCCCUGCCAGUCAAUCCCUUGAAUGUGGGAGGUUUGGGCUUGCCCUUCCCUACCGAACCUCCCUGUACAAGUGGCAAGGAUUACAAGCCAGGGCGAGUAGUGCACACAUCUUUCGACUGUUUCCGAUGCGAGCACCGGAUGUCGGUCCACGACAACCAUCAGUGGCUGAAGUCGAUACUUAUCUCAUCCCGACUCCGAAAGACAAGGAAGCUACCCAGUGAUAACCGAUACUCCAAAGGCGACCUUUCCUUGGCGUUGUUCCCACGGUAUUGGAGCAAUCAGUAUCUGGAGCCCGAGCCGGAUGUCCAGGUAAAGACACCAGACACCCGCCCCAUGACACAGACACCCGACACCGUGUCCGGGCCAUGGAGAGGCGACAACAGCAGGUGCAUCUCAAUCAUCAACGGUCAGCUGACCAGGGAAGACCUGGAGGGUUUCUGCGGAAAGGGGUCGUGCCAAUCUAUGAUGGAUGGGAAGGAUCAACCAACCCCUUUUAGGCCAUAUAAAUCGGAUACACACCUUGGAGCGAACGUCAUGACGUACGGUGACGUGUGGUGUCACAGUGCUGAUGUCAAGGACGACUUGAUGUCAAGACAGAACAGCCGCGUGUCUGAGAAUGGGGUCCGUGAAACCACAUCUAUGGCAUCCCAAUGCGACAAGACCUCCAGGCUGUCUGUGUACUCUAGAGAAGGACUAUCCAGAGGAAGAUCAUCAGACUUUGAGACCACAAUGAGGAUACAUUGUGAAACCCCAGAGGAUGUCUAUCUGGAGCUGCAUGAGGAGGCUAAUACUGAUGAGGGGAAUUAUCAAGAGGAAUCUGAUGAGAUGCACGCAGUUCGUGUGGAUUAUUCCUUAAAACCUACGCAGGAGAGUCACUGGAACCAUAGCUUGUGUUGGGAGGAGAUGCUUGGCCAGGAGGAGGAUUACCCCGACCAGGAUCAGAGAUGCUUCAGUCUGGCCAGCAGAACGCCUUCUUGGUGCUUUAGUAGAUCCUCUGUUGUCAGUGAGGGGUAUCAAAAGUCAUCCCCGUGCGACUUCUAUGAUGCUUCUGUUGCCGAAUGCUUUGAACCAUCUGGAAGUAACUGGAAUGGUCUACCACUGAAACGAGGGACAUUUAGCCAGAUCGACUGUAACACGUCUGCAGUAGAAAGAUGCCCGACUCUACAGGGGAGACGAAAGAAGUCACCACAAGGACAAAGGAAUCUUUACGCAAGUCCCAUUAACUCUCAAUUAAAUUUCGAGGAAGAAGGUUUUCUUCCUCAUCACCAUUGGCAGCAUAGUGUCAGCGGGAUGAAGAACACAUUUGAUGAUGAACCGCCUGGAGCAGGUGCGAGGUAUCUGGAUAACAACCUGAUGUUGGGAUUAUCAGAUCUUCAUCAAGAGCUACAGCCUGAGCUGUACAAUGAAGAGGAAGAGGAGGAAGACGAUGAUGGGGAGGAGGAAGACGAGGACCAUGAUAAGAUGUUGCAAAAUCCUCAUUCCCAGUUUCUCCUGAAAAUGCGCCAAGAAAUGGACAGCAGAUAUACUGAACAGCCAUAUCCCGAACUCCCGAAGCCUUUGGGUAAAUACUUCUGCUAUGCACCUAUCGUGGACAAGCGUUACAACAGAUGGAAGAGGCGGAAACCAAAGAAACGGAAAAGAGUUGCUGUGAAAGUCCACACCUACGAUAGCAAGACGUCCACUAGCACCUCAAACGAGAGCACGGCGGUUCCAGAGGAAGAGACGAAUGGCAGAGAGUUGAAGAAAGGAAAGCACUACAGAAGGGAUGGGGCUAGGUUCCGGGAGAGAAAAGCUGCACAGAAAUCCACAGAUGACACCCACCCUCAGGAAGUAUUGGACACAAAAGUCCAGAUUCGGGUUGAUCCUGUUGUUGACCAGUCCGACUCGACGUCAGCAGAUGAGACCCAAUUUCCGGACAGUACGGAAGCAUGUUCCGAUUCCAGCAAGAGCAGCUUGACCUCUCGGUCCAGUGGAUCCCAUGGACUAGAGCCCCGUUUAAGGGAGAGUUUCAUCAUCCCCACACCCGUAACCUUUUUGGACAUGGACGACAUGAGUCCGUCUCCCACCAAGGAACCUAGUAGUCCAGAGAUGGAAUACAGACGCCCGGAACCUAUCAUCGAGCAGGCCAGGGCACGAAGCAGGGUAGCGUCCAUCCCGUCCAAAAACUACCCUCGCACACAGAAGAGUCUGCUGUCCCUCAGUCUCAGAGGACCGACUUUGGAAAAAGAGAUGAGCAAGAUGGAUCCCAUGCAGGCUCUGCCUCGCGCAGGAGGUCGACUCCCCCUCCUGAAGACCCAGAGGGAGGAAUUGGCCCGCAGCGCGGACAGGAUGUCACAUAUCCCCAGUAACACAUCCUGUCUCAGCAAGAUGCAGCGGCGGCUUGGCUGGAUAAAGAGGGGCAUACUACAGCAGAACAGCAACAAGGAUCUGAAACUGUCGGCCGAGAAGUAUGUGUUGUCCUCACCCAGACAGAGUCCGGUCUCCCGUCCACAGGUUACCAAGAGCAAGCUCAAGUCAGCUAUCCCUAGGCAUACCAAAGCUUCCUGUGUGGAGAAGUUCUGUACGGUCGUCCAAGGUCAGAAGAAACUUGGAUCCGCGCAAAAGAAGCCUGCGGAUAGAUAUUCGUCAGGUCAAGUGACAGAUAGGGAGAACGACACAGAGGAGAACCCAACCUUCACCCUAAAGGACCUUCUCGCAACACUGCCAGACAGUGAAUCUGACCUCCAGAGAACACAUCGGAAGACGUCACCGUCUCACCGAACACAUCGAAUGACCAACUUCUUCACCAGCAACUUCGUCACUGGGAGUUUUCUGCACAAGCGGAAGCUCAACCGCCCCCAGGUUGAUCGUAGCAUCUCGACGCUGUCCUUCACCCCGGCCUUCACCUUCUCUGUCUACACGUUGCCGCACUCCUACAGGUCACGCAACAACCACAUGGGCGGGGCUACAACCUAGCUUUGCCAGUGGGUGUAGGAUUGGUGCUGUUUUAGGGUGGAAUUUCAAUGUCGUGAUUGUAUUUUUAGGUCUGUUUUAAACAUAUUUAUCUAUGUCCAGAAACUGUAAUCUAAUUGAAUUUAUUGGGUAUCAUUUAAUUUUUUUUAUAGUUUUGAUGGGUGUGUAAGUAGAAUUUAAUAUAUAUAUUUUAGAUGUGUGUAUGUUCAAACAUGUGCAUCAGAGAACUGGGGGAUAGGUUGGUAAAGAUUUGAUAACUGCGAUGUCUAUGAAAUAUUUGUAAGAUGCAAGAUGUGACCAUGGAAGAAUGAAGAAUAUGGAAAUGAAAUAAUUAGUUGUUUAAUCAUAAAGUAAUAAAUGUAUUAUUGUAUCUUGACAUACUUUUAGGGUACAAAGUUAAUAUUCCUGGGUGUGAAAAUGCAUUAAUACUGUCUGACAUAUUUGUAUGCUGGAUUCCUAGUUAGAACUUGCCACCGGGCUCUGUAGGCACACUAGGUAGAAG